AUGCACUCCGAUGCGUUUGACGUGAUUCCGUUCGAGGACAUCAAGGACGAUUGGACGAAAUUGGGCUCGGGAUCUUUUGGGAACGUAUACAAAGGAAACUACCUUGGGAUCGAGGUGGCCAUCAAAGAGGUUCUCCCAUCUAAUGAUUACGACGUCGCGAAGUACUUUGAGCGCGAGUGGAGGCUGAUGAAGGAAGCUCGCCAUCCCAAUGUCGUCCUCUACCUCGGGCUUUCGCAAGCCCCCGACGGGCGCAUCUUCAUCAUCUCCGAGUUCAUUGAGGGCGGGAACCUCCGGAUGUAUAUCCACGACAAGACCAAACCCUUUCCUUGGAGGCUGCGCCUCUCCUUCGCGACGGACAUCGCGCGCGCGCUCGCGUACCUCCACGCACGCAAGUGCAUCCACCGCGAUCUCAAGGGCGAAAACCUGCUCGUCACCGCAAACGGGCGGCUGAAGAUCACCGACUUUGGCUUUGCGCGCAUCGCUGCGCGCAACGAGGAGGAGCUGAAGCGCCUCACGUUCUGCGGGACCGAUUCGUACAUGUCUCCCGAGAUCCUCACCGGCACCGAGUUCGACCUCCCCACCGACAUCUUCUCGCUGGGCGUGAUAUUUUGUGAGAUCGCGGCGCGAAAGCUCGCGGACGACCAUACGUUCCGUAGGACGGCGCCGACGUUCGAGGUCGACCAUGAAGAGGUGCGCCGCCUUGCGAGCCCCGGGUGUCCCCCUGCUUUCAUCGCGCUUGCGUUGGACUGUCUUGCGCGAGACCCAAUGAUUAGGCCGAACACGCGCGCGAUCUUGGAUCGGUUGCGGGAGAUCGAGGCAGAGGUACUGUCGCGGCCAUCCGAGAUGGAGGAUAUGCAUUUGGGCACGGUGAAGUUCAUGACUGGCACGCCGAGGAGACCUGGUGCGGCGCCUCGGAUCCCGAGCUUUGGGAUGGGCAUUGGACGAGAUAUCCGCAGUGGCGGGCAGACGACGGCUUUGGAGGCGCAUUCGAGUGAAGAAGAGGCAUCUGACAGUGAUGAGGAGCUCAUGCAAGCGGUGCAAAAACUCAGUACUGUGAAUCUCGGUAGUAAUUGGACUGAAGAUAGCACAGGUUCAGGGGAUAGCGGGCAACCACUCCUCGAGAGCUCCUCGAGCACGCGCUCUGAGUACAGCACAACCGUCGUCAGGUCGCACGGGCACAGCGCCGAGUCUUCUGCUCCUUCACUGUCUUCCAUCCUCACGAUCCGCCCGUCUGCACCAACGACGGAGCCUCCCCCCACAGGCGCACAGGGACCGACACCGACAGAGUCUCUUCUAUCUAUCGAGUCGUACUACACUGCGUCCACGAGCUCUAUCUCACCCGUAUCCAUCGCUGCGGCGACGGAAGGCGGCUCAACCAUCCGGAGCUCUUCAUUCCCACUCGUGCACCGGUUUUCUCUGCUGAAGCCCGGGGCAAAGAAGACGAGUAUCGGUGGAGAGAGGAGCAGAAGCGCGUCGCCGCCUGCGGCCUCUGACGUGCUGUGGAACCGGAAUCCGCUGGAGUUCAUAUUCUCAAGCGCGCUGUUGGCGGCGAAGUGCGACGUCUGUGGCAAGCGUCUCGGUUGGAAACCGGUACUCGAGUGUGAUGACUGUGGUCUGCGUGCGCAUGUCAAAUGCGGAGAGAACGCUCCUAUGGACUGCGGUAUCCGUCCCGCACGUCCACGCGUCCAUCAACGAGAGGCUGCUUUGCCCUCCAACCCGUCUUCGCCACAAGCGAAAGCAAAGCCUAACGGGAAGAUUUCUUCCCCAAAGUAG